CACCAGACCAGGAUAGCGUUUCCAUUAUCUUUUGGUUUUCAAGCUGUCAGAUCCUGCUAUCAUUGUAUCCCACCACCUAGCCUAAAAACUCUCUUCUUGGGAAAUGUAUAGAACACUAUUCCAUUACAGACAUUAUGUAGUUCGCAAUUAACAGAAUCAAGUCCUCUCAUCAUGGUGGUUAGCUAACGUUAGCUACGGAGCUAGGUUACUUGGACAAUCCUUUCAACUUGCUUGCUGACAGGUUAGCUUACGACAGCUAACUUCGAUAUGUGAACUCACUAAGCCAAGGAAAGUGGCGAUAAAGGAACUCCCUGCAACUCCCAGGUGUUGCAGGUUGCUCUCAUGUGCCCAUGGAGAAGGCAGCCUUUGAGGGGUGGCUGGAGUCAGUCUCUGCCACUUUCCUUACUCUAAAUGACCAGCAGCGCAACCAUUCUCUGGACCACCUCAUAUCUUUAAGUGGUGCUGUCCAGCUCCGUCAUCUGUCUAAUGGGCUGGAGACGCUGCUCAAGCGUGACUUCCUGCGCCUCCUUCCCCUGGAGCUGGCCUUCUACCUGCUGCGCUGGCUGGACCCUCAGACCCUGCUCACCUGCUGCCUGGUCUGCAAGCAGUGGAAUAAGGUGAUAAACUCGUGCACAGAGGUGUGGCAGGGAGUGUGUCGGGAGCUGGGCUGGAGGAUUGAUGAGUCCAUUCAGGAUGCAUCACACUGGAAGGGGGUCUACCUGAAGGCUAAACUGCGCAUGAUGCAGCUGAAGGACCAGGAGGCGUUUGAGACAUCGUCCCUCAUCGGCCAUAGUGCUCGAGUAUACGCCCUCUACUAUAAGGACGGCCUCCUCUGCACAGGAUCUGACGACCUCUCUGCCAAACUGUGGGACGUGCGCACGGGGCAGUGCAUCUACGGGAUCCAGACGCACACCUGCGCCACAGUGAAAUUUGAUGAACAGAAGUUGGUGACUGGGUCCUUCGACAACACUAUUGCAUGCUGGGAGUGGAGCACAGGGGCUAAAAUCCAACAGUUCCGCGGCCACACAGGAGCAGUCUUCAGCGUGGACUACAAUGAUGAGCUGGACGUGCUGGUCAGCGGCUCUGCAGACUUCUCUGUGAAGGUCUGGGCCCUGUCUGCUGGUGCUUGCCUCAACACUCUUACUGGGCACACUGAGUGGGUCACCAAGGUGAUACUGCAGAAAAGUGAAGUGGAGUCUAUGAUGCACAGUCCUGGUGACCACAUCCUCCUAAGUGCUGAUAAGUAUGAGAUUAAGGUUUGGCCUUUAGGGAGAGAAAUCAACUGUAAGUGUCUGAAGACCCUGUCGGUGUCAGAGGACCGCAGCAUCAGCCUCCAGCCUCGCCUGCAGUUUGACGGACGCUACAUCGUCUGCAGCUCUGACCUCGGAGUUUAUCAGUGGGACUUCGCCAGUUUCAAGAUUCUCAGGGUGAUAAAAACACAGGACCCAGCCAACCUGUCCCUGCUCAGCUACGGCGAGGUGUUCGCGCUCCUUUUUGACAACCACUUCCUGUAUGUGAUGGACCUGAGGACAGAGGCCAUCUCGGGCCGCUGGCCUCUACCCGCUUACAGGAAAUCCAAACGAGGAUCCAGCUUCCUGGCCGGCGUCACCUCCUGGCUCAAUGGGCUGGACGGGGGAAAUGACUCUGGACUGGUUUUUGCCACCAGCAUGCCCGACCAUAGCAUUCACCUAGUACUGUGGAAGGAGAACGGGUAGACGCCAGCAAGGACUCCAAACAACAGACUGCGAGGAUCUGAGCCACCGUCACGUGUGCUCUGGAGUAUAUGAACCUGAACAGCCAAGAUAGAUCAUGCAUGGACCAAAGCAUUUUAUUUUUAUCUGUUUCUUCCUCAGAACAGAGUCCUUCUCUGGACACACAUGAACAAUCACAGAUGGACGUGGAAACUGAGACAGAUGAGGAAACUGUUACUGAUGUGCUUCAUCCUGGUCUCUGCAGAAACCUUAAAACCUCUCACUGGUCUCCUGAUCCUGGACACAGACAGCCAGAAACCUGAGAUGUGUCAGCAACAACAAAACAAACACAACCACACAAAGUCUCCUGUAUAAGACUUAAACAUGGAAGUGAAAGUUUUUGGCAAAUUUGCUCUUUGAUCAGUUUAUAAAUGUGCAGUGAGAAUAUUUGUAGCCAAACUUAAAUCCAGUGCAGUCAUUGGGUGCCAACUUUGGCCGCUGACCUUUUCAUACCAGGAUGAGACUGUAUGUCAGACGUGCUGUAACUGGAGCACGCCUGACGCCAUGCUGGUCACUGAGCUGAUUUGCAGAAACAUUGUUUUCGUAGUAGAAAAGCAGGGUUGCCUUAAACACAGUGCUGUAAAUAAUGGAGAACAUCUUCUUUGAUGUGAAGGGAGAUGUUCCCCAGGGUUUUUACAGACCAUCCCAGAGGAAGCUGUAUCCUGAAGCGUACGUUAAAAAGUGGUGUGGUACAUUGUUGUGUACCAUGUAAAACAUUGUGAGGUUUCAUGUGAUUCCACUAAGGAUGUCUGGUUUAAAUGUCGGCUUGAGAAAUGUGAUGUGCCUUUUCAGUUUGUUUGAUGUUGCAGACAAGAAUUCCUCGAUGACUCCGGCACGUUGCAGCGAGGCGACGACUGUAUUGUUGUAAAUCUGACUUUUAUGUUGAAUUUUCCAUAUUUACUGUGCUCUAACAGUCUGAGAUGUCUGUAAUUUUAUAGCUAUCUACCUGACUUGACUUGCUCAGUGAAAUUGCUUUUAUGAAUCAUUGACUGUGUUGAACAUCAGGUUUAUUUUUCUAAAGGCCUCAAUGCAUUGCACAGCAGAGGAAGUGACUCCACACGUAGUUGGUUCUGUGCAAAAUGACUAUUUUACACUUAAGAAGAGAAUCUGAACAGAUGAUUUUCCCGCUGUCGCCUCAUUCUGUGCAUCAGUUUAACAUCAUGUCUGCAAAACUCAAACUUUAACCCACUGAUGUCUGCCUUUACUUUGGCGGGCUACAGGUCACAAAAGAUCAAACUGUAUUCAUAUGCACCAAACCUCAUUUAUGACACAUAAGUUUUUCUUGUAUUCAGACUGUAACGUGUUUCACACACGGAUAAUUGUACCCAGCAGAUGUACAGACUGUUCUUAGUUUAGGUUUUUCAAAUCUAAUUAAAACAACACCAAAAUACUGUAUCCUGAACUGUUGUCUGACCACUGCACCACAGUUUGCCCCCCCAGCAGCUCUCAGCUAAAAACAGUAACAUCAUUUGUAUAUAAAGUGAUAAAAAAUGAAAAAUGUGGCACAUACAAGUUUUUGUUGAUGAGUCUCUUCAUAGUAACUGCCAUUACUUCCAAGCACUGUACAGUGUUAUUUCACAAAGGCUCUUUGGUCACCUGCACCCACCUACAGUCUGCUUCAAUA